GUUUUGCAAAGGGGUGCGCAUGUCAAAAAUAAUCUGUCAUUCAAUUCAUUUUAUUUUGUGUUGGCUGAAACGCGACUUGAUUUGGUUUGUGAAAAAUACUGGGAUAAGGUGGCUGCGGGCAUGCCCCUCCAAAAAACCAACCGAAAACCUGGAGAACAGUUAAGGAUUAUUCGUCAGUGAUUAAUUGCAAAAAGUUUGCCGUUUCUCAGCGCAAAAAAAACAUAGAUUUAGAUUUUUCGACGAAUUUUCAUCUCAUUUUCAUCUAUUGUGUGCUAGUGUUUUUUAUUUACUAUUAGACGAUGUGGACAUGAUUAGACAAUAAAGUGUUCAGUGGUUAGUUCUAUUUUCGACUGCAUAUAGUGCUAAAUAUAUCGUGGUGUUCUUGUUUUGAUGAAUUACUCCCAACAGAAGGCGUCCAAAUAUUUUUAAUGGCGUCCAACAUAGUGAAGAAGCACCGUAUAAAAUCACCAACGUCGACCCAGCAAUAGAGGAAUUAAAAAAAAAUGCACUCCGUCAGCCGCCGUCCACGUCACACUAAAAACCACCUAAAAAUUAAAAAGAAACGCAACGAGCUUACCAACACUAAACCGAACGUGUGUUCCAAAUUUAAAUAGGACCGUUAACGGACUCGCAUUCUAGAAUUUUCGAUUUUUUUUAUUUUGAAAAAGGAAGCUUUAAAAAUUUUCUAAACGUAAAUUCCCAUUCGGAUAGUUGCCUUCUUAGUUAGUAGAUCUGUGAUUGGUCCAAUUUCUUGUAUAUUGUAUAAAUAACCACGUAGUUGUAUGUUGUGAUUGGCUGAUUAUCGUUUGGAGAUCGAAUAAAGGUACCAUAAUAUGGAGAAUCCUGAAUCUGAAACGAGCUCCCCUCCAGAGGAGAGCAGCGCGUUGAAUAGAAAUAGGAGUUUCAAGUCAAAACAACUAGUCAGAAGCCAGGCGAUACGCGAGUCGCAAUCUCCUCCGCGGUCCGCGUCGCCCGUCGGCGAUGAUGCCGGUACCGAUACCGUUACCGGUACCGGUAACGCUGGUACCAGUAACAGUGGUACCGGGAAUCCGGUUACGGAUGUGGUGGAGGUGGAGGAGAAGCGGCGCCCGGUUGAGAUACACAUCACAGGCGGAGCAUGGGAGAGCGGAGAGCAGAAAUCUCGUCGCCGUUGGCCGCAGCAGUCGCGCGACUUGUUGUCGAACGGACCUCGUGUCGCUUGCGUCGCGGGCUGUCGCUCUCAGUGCAGGUACUUACAGGGCGAGUGA